CUGUCAACACCCAGAAAAACACACAAAAAAAACUCCUCCUAAAACUCUGUGAAAUUUGUUUAGGGCUGCUUGUAAUCUUCACUCUCUCUCCAUCUGACUGAAAAAGCAACACAGGAAUUAUUGGUAGAAACAAAAGGAUUGUUUCUACCAAAACUGUGACUUCCAAGGGCAGCUGUUAAACGUGAAAGUUAAACAAAGUUUUACGUUUCACUACCUAGUGCAGUGUAUCUAGUGUUCUACAAUGGCAGCAUCUGUCUCUGAGUUGUUGCUGGCCAUUCUGGAGAAACUGGACAAAAAAGAGCUGGAGAGAUUUAACUGGGAGCUGUGCAAUAGCAAUCUGAAAGAUUUUCCCAACAUUUCAAAGGCUCAUCUGGAGAAUGUUACAAGACAUGCCACUGUGGAUAGGAUGGUGGAGACCUACUGCGAUGAGGGAGCUGUGAACGUCACAAACAUGAUCCUAAGCAACAUGGACCUUAACAAACUUGCUAUGUCUUUAAAGAGAGAUCUUCCAGAAGAGGAACCAGCACAGAAAAAAAGAAGGGAAGAGGGGGAACCGGUGAGUGUGCUGAAGGACAACCUGAGAUCUGACUUAACACAUCUGGAGGAAAAGCUGGAGAAAUGUGAAAACGCCCUAGAGAGCUACGAUAGCAUGACUCAGCACACCAAGGACCAGCAGGUGGACACAACGAGGAGGAUCAGGGAAGAGUUUGAGAAGCUCCACCAGUUCCUGAGAGAGGAAGAGGAGGCCAGACUGGCUGCUCUGAGGGAGGAGGAGAAGGAAAAGGGAAUGUUAAUUGAGAGAGGCAAGGACAGCAUUGAGGAGCAGAUCAUCUCUCUCACAGAUGCCAUUGAGGCUGUGAAAGAGGACCUGAUGAAAGGCAGUGAAAGAUUCCUUGAGAGUUAUAAACUCACCCAGAGCAGAGCCAGAGCCCAAUGUAAACUUCCGGAUCCACAGCUUGUCUCCGGAGCGCUGAUCGACAUCGCCAAACACCUAGGCAACCUGCAGUUCCAAGUCUGGGAGCAGAUGCAGGCGAUAGUCAAACACUCGCCCGUGAUUUUGGACCCCAACACGGCUCCCUCUACUAUGACUCUCUCUGAUGACCUCACCAGCGUGCGACACACAGCCAUAGAGAAGCAGCAGAUUCCGGACAACCCAGAGCGGUUCACACAGUGGGCAAAGGUCCUUGGCUCCGCAGGCUUUGUGAAGGGUUCAGAGCAUAGCUGGGAGGUGGAGGUGGGCGACCAACCUGAGUGGAAUCUAGGCGUGGCUGCAGAGUCCGUCAAUCGGAAGGGAGAAAAUCUUCUUGCGUCACCAGAAUACGGAAUCUGGGCUAUACUGAAAAGGGGGCGCAAGUAUACAAAUGGAAUUGGUAAAACGCUCACUCUGAAGAGGAUACCCCAGAGGAUCAGAGUUCAGCUGAACUACGACAGGGGGGAAGUGGCUUUCUAUGACCCCAAAGACAAUACACACAUCUACACUUAUAAACAUAGGUUUACUGAGACUGUCUACCCAUACAUCUCUGUUUGGAAGAUAAAAGACGCCAGCAACCGUGAUAUACAGAUCUGCCCAUCAGAGGUGUCUGUGACAGUAAAAUCAUAUCAGUGAGGUAUGUGCGCGUGUUGGCGGGUGUAUCGAUCCAAUAGUGUAAAACUCAGAAAGGCAUGUGUAUUUAUGUAUUAAAUUGUAGAUUUCAAAAGGCUUAUACGACUUUUCUGUAAACCAUUCCAAACAAUUAUUGUUCUGUAUAAGAUGUCUGCCCUGUUACAUUUCAAACAUUGUUGUAGUUUAAUAAUUGUUCACGUUUCAUGACCAGAUCAUCUUAAAGUGUCUGAAAUUCCUAAUGUAGAUCAAUUAAGUUAUACUUUAAGAUGCUAAUAUGCGGGAUAUUGCCUUGUAUUGGUGUUGUGUCACAAAUGCUAAAAAGUUAGCAUUUGGAGACAGUGGCCAGGGAAACUAAACCAAAGCAGGAUUGCUGUCUUACAUUGUCUGUAGACUGCUUAAAAGAUAAGGAAAUCUAUAAUUAGUUUCAACUAUCCCUUUAAAGGGGAAAUCCACAGCUGAAACAAUAACAAAGCAGUCUCCCCUGGGCCUGGAGAAAACGUAACCACUCAAAUUCAUAGACAGAGCUAUGGAUGCAAGGACGGAUCAUCCAAGAUAACAAAACAUUGGAGGACUUCUAUAUUAGUGAUAUAUACAUGUUGAUUCUUGAAGAAUAUAACGUAUAAAUGCCAUGAGCUUGGAUAAACUGUUGUACCCCAUCAGAACCCAAAUGCAAGCUUAUAUUUUGGGUUCUGAUGGGGUUCGACAGUUUAACUAUAAGCUCAUGGCAUUUAUAAGUUAUAUUCUUCAAGAAUCAAUAGGUAAAUAUCACUUACAAUAUAAUUCCAAAUUGGAUGUAGCAACUGCAGAUUGACCCUUUUAAGUUUUCAUUAGGUAUAUUUACAUUUACAUUUAAGUCAUUUAGCAGACGCUCUUAUCCAGAGCGACUUACAAAUUGGUGCAUUCACCUUAUGGUAUAUGUUGAUAGUUCAACAUUUUGUUUUAUUAAACCACAAGAUCUGUGUGCCAUGUCUCCUUGUACUUUUUACUAAACAUUUACUUUGACUUCCAGCACCUGUUGAAAGUUACUGGAUGUGUCUGUCAUCAUUUUUUCCCAAAUGUUCCAAUCUGCUGUGCUGAACUUUCUGUAUGAGAUGUAAGAGGUUUACAUACAUGUUUUUUAUAUAUUUGUAUUCUUUAAAGUAGAACCACGUGUUUCUGUAGUCAGACAGAAUGACAAGGCUGCAAAAAGAAAGUGUCAUUUUGACAAGACUACUGUCAAAACGUGUCAUCUUUUUUAAUAAACUAGCACUGUGGAUUCAUAAA